AUGAAGAGAACAAGAGAUGCUUACGAAGAAGAUGAAUCUUUCUCGUCGGAAUCUGAAGAGUUUCACCAGAAACUGAAGGUUAAAUUUGAGGAGGAAAGAAGUGAAGAUGAAGAUGAUGAGUCUCCUCAGCAGCUUCCUUUGAGGAAGCACUUCUGUGUGAUUUGUAAGAAACAAUUUAGCUCUGGUAAGGCUUACGGUGGUCACGUGAGGAUCCAUUCAACUGAGUACAACAACAAAGGAAAGAUGAAGAAGAAGUUGAAAAUGAAGAAGAAGAAGAGAAAGAUUGGUUUGGUGAAGAAAGACAAGGAGAAAGAGAUAGAUCUAAUCGCUGCUGACAUGGAAGGUAAGAUUAGGUGUUGUCUAUGUGGAAAAGAGUUCCAAACGAUGCACUCUCUGUUUGGUCAUAUGAGGAGACAUCCUGACAGGAGUUGGAAAGGGGUACGACCUCCUCCACCACAGGAGAAGUUCAACCUAAGCUACUUGGGUGAUGAUGAUGAAGAGGAUGAUGAUGGUGAGGAUGAUGUUGAUGAGGAUGAUUCUGAUGUGAGGAGUAGAUCCACAAUGAUGAGUGAUGUGACUCAGGAUGUUCAAGAAGCUGCUUGUAUUCUAAUGAUGAUCUCUUACACUUCAAGCAAUUGCUGGGAUGGGAUAAAGAAAGAUAUGGAUUCACCCAAAUCCGAGGCAAGAAGUUCUAGUUGCUACAAAGGAAAAGAUAAGGUAUUAGGUGAUGGUGGGAUGAAUGAUGAUAAGAAGGGUUUGAUUGUAGAUAUGAAGAUAGAGAUGGAAAUUGAAGUGAAGGUGAAUAAUCCUCGAGAUGACCCUAAGAGAUCCUUAGGGUUUGAUCUCAACCAGCCUCCUCACCAUGAAGAUCAUCCUUAUUCCUCUUGGAACUAGUUUUGGUUUUCAAUCCAUGGAGUAGCUUUCAAAUAAUCAUGUUUUAACAUAUUUCCCUAUGAAUUUUACAUCUAUA